AUUGAAUCGAUCUCAUUUUGUGGGUCACUUGCCUCCGUUGGAAAGGCAUUGAACUUGCUUCUCCGUCGAGUAAAAUCGUUUGUGCAACAACAUGGAGCAUUGACAUUGCACCGCAAGGGCUUCGCCUGGGCUGCCAUCUCUCUCUCGUCCUAUGCAUAUCAGAUGACAAAGUUUCUAGUUGCCAGUUGCUGGCGCAUUAGUUCUAUCUUAGAAUGCCUUUUAGUUGUGUGCCAUCGGUUGACGCGUUUGCAAUGUUUCUAUUUCGGCGAGCAAAUAAAAAUGCAGCGCGUCGGCCCUCGCGUGCCCCAUCCUUUGCCCUGCCCAAGCGUCGUCCGCCUGUCCAGCUGACACCCUCUCAUCAACAUGAUCAGCUGCCAUUUCUGUCGCGCUCACGUUUCAGUGCCCUGCCACAUUUUCGAGCCUACGAAGACGAACCCGAGAAUCUUUCGCUGUUCAUAGCCAUCCUUUAUGUGGUCGAUUUAUUUGGCAUCUUUCCGUUUAUCACUCUACCCGCUCUGUUGGUCAAACUUGGUUAUUUUGGACUACUGCUGGUGCUAUCAAUCAUAUUUCUGCAGAUUUACACAUCGUUUUUGUUAUCCCAGUGCUGGAGCAUGGCAGAGCUAUUGGAUCCAUCUAUAUCGCAGAAGCGAAACUUUCCCUAUGCAGCACUUGCCGAAUUGGCAUACGGACGUUAUAUGAGCGUCUUGGUCUCUGUGCUCCUCGACUUGAGUAUCUUUUCUAUGGCCGUUCCCAGUGUGGUUAUGGCUGCCCAGAAUCUGGAGGCUGUUGUCCUGCGUAUGAGUGCAGGUCAUUACAAUUUCUCCUAUUGCUACUGGGCCAUAAUUGUGGGUCUGGUGAUUUGCCCCCUCAUGUGGCUGGGCAGUCCAAAGCAUAUGAGAGGACUAGCUAUCAUUGCUGUCUGUGUAAUGAUUACCAUUGUGGGAUUACUCUGGUUUUGCCUCUUAGCUGCACCUUCUUUGGGUCAACCAUUCGAGGGCAUAACCCUAGAACUUCCCGGUUUCCUUACCGUACUCAAUAGCUAUAGUGUUCUGGCCUUUCAGUUCGAUAUACAUCCUGUGUUGCUUACCCUCCAAAUUGAUAUGAAAAACAAGUCACAGGUGUCCUGGGCAGCUUUGAGUGGAAUUGCUAUUACCUGUGGCGUGGCCAUCUUUGGUUCCAUUAUUGCGGCUUACAAAUUUGGCUCAAUGAUUGCCAAUAAUUUGCUACAAUCGCUGCCCACCAGUAUUCCAUUUUAUGUGAUGUUGAUACUAAUGUCUCUUCAGCUAUGCUUUUCGGUGACCGUGGCUAGUUCGGCCAUGUUUCUACAGAUCGAGAACUAUUUCAAGUUGCCAGAAUCUCUCUCGUUAAAACGCAUGCUGAUACGUUCUUCGGUCCUGGGAUUGGAAGUGCUAAUGGCCGAGUUUGUGCCCAGUUUCGAUGCCCUUAUGGAUGUUGUGGGCGGGACGAUAACAGGCCCAUUGGUUUUUAUACUGCCGCCGCUGCUAUAUCGCCGGAUACGUCAAAUGGAGCGAGUGCAUCAGCGUAUUGCAGCCGAAGCUAGCUACGGUAGCAUGCCAUUGGAUUUGAACUACGACCCCGUUGAGUUAGAAAUGGAGCCACUUCUAGUGGCCUCCCAGCCCCAUUCGCCCCGUGGCUGUUGGUUGCGUCUGAUGCGUUUGUUACAUCGUCUGGAAUGUGAUGUCUCCUGCACCAUGGCUGUGCUCAUAUUCGGACUAUUGGCCACAUUUCUAUCGACCUAUUUGAAUUUGUUUACCAUCACAGAUUUAUUUACAAACAACUCACCCUGUUUGACCAAUCUGACAAAGCACUUCAAUUAAAUGAAGAGUAAUUAAUUACGAGAAACAGUUGAGGGACAACUUGAGGUUUCCGCUAACCCAAAAUCGGAAAAAAAAACAACGAUUAAAUAAAUAUGAUACCAUGGCUCAUCUACAAAAAUUCCCAGCACUGUGUCCUUCGUUCAGGUCAGUCACCUAGCAAAUUGCGAAUAAUGCAAUAAAUAUUUAA